AUGUACCUUGAAAUGACAGCUGAUGUCAAUCAGGUCCAUAACACCGGGUUCUUUAGUAUAGUCGGCACUGGCUUUACCCAAGAAGAAGUAGACCGCCAGUACGACAUCGGCCAAGCCUACUUCAACCUCCCCCUCGAAGAAAAAGGCGACCCAAAAUAUCGCUGCGACUUCACCAACGGAAACUACUUCGGCUAUCGUGCCGCCAACGAGAAGAAAGUGAUGAGCACUGACGUCCUAGACAAUGUCGAAUCAGUAAACAUGCCCAAAUUCAUUGCAUCCAACGCCCAUGAACCUUUCCAUCCCUAUCUCCGCCAAUUCCAGCCCGAAAUCGAGGACUUUUCGCGCCGCUCGCUGGACCUUGCUUCGAAGAUCUUCACGCUGUUCUCGAUUAUUCUCGAACUUCCAGAAGAUUACUUCUCAAAACAGCACCUGUAUCAGGAUCCUUCCGAAGACCAUUUGCGCUAUAUGAUCUAUAAUCCUCGUAGCGCUGCGGAUGACGAGAAAGUGGCUAACACGUGGUCUCGCGCACACACAGACUUUGGCAGUUUGACGCUUCUUUGGAGCCAGGAUGUCGCUGGUUUACAGCUCAAGACACCAGCUGGAGAGUGGAAGUAUGUCCCACCCGUCGAUAAUGGGAUUAUAUGCAACGUCGGAGAUACGUUGGAUUUCUGGUCGGCGGGAUAUUUGAAAUCGACCAUUCACCGAGUGCAGCGACCACCAGAGGAUCAAGCCCAUGGCAAGAGAUUGGGGUUGUUUUACUUUGUAAGACCGGGGAAUGAUGUCGAUAUCAAGCCUGCCCCGAGUCCGUUGUUGAAGAGAUUGGGACUGGUGAGGGAAGAUGCAAAGGAUGCGGCGCCAGUAAGGGGGCUAGAGUAUGUGCGGGAGAGAGUGAAGAAUUAUCAUAAUCAUAAUGAUUAUGCGGAUAUGAAGGGGAAGAAGUUCAAGGUUGGGAACCUGGAGAUCGAGGAUGAAGCUGCAUAA